GGAUGCUGACAACAUCAACAAGGUUUUCAAUGAUAGUAGUGAAGAAGUAGGCAAGUUCUGUGCUACCUGUCACCACGAUAUAAUGAAGAAAAGGGUGCCCAAUUUAUGUUUGUCAAAUGGAUUGAAGUUUAUGGAUAUCCUAACGGAGAUUAGCCAACUUACAACAAGGCUGGAAGAACGACUGGUAGUAGCUCGACAUGUUUUUCAAACUAUAUGGAAGGUUUAUGGUGGACAAUACAGAUCAAGAGGUGCCAUCGUCAAUAGUACCUGCCCGUGUGAACCGAGUUGUAUCUUCUAUCCCUCGUCCAAUGAACGACACUGGUAUACUGCACAUUCAACUGACUCGAAGAUUACGAUAUCGUCACAAUUAUGCGGACGGCAAUGUUAGGGUGGAUCUAGUGAAAUCAUCAGCACGGAUAUUAUGCCAGCAACCUGUAUAUCGAAUGUUUAAUAUUGGGUUCAACGACCAUGGCCUGAUCCAACAGCGAACGGAAACUGAUGACAACGACAGCAAUGACAAUGAUGGUGGCGAUCUCGAUUUGGGCCAACAGGGAAUGGGAAUUGAUAACGUCGACAACAAUGACAACAAUGGCGAUGAUAGUGACAAUCAUGGCUUGGACGAACAGCCUAUGGAAAUUGAUGACAACAAUGACGAUGGAAACGAUGGUGGUGAUGAUGAUUAUUUGGAUAUAGCUGGUGGACUGGAAGAAAUGUUAUUAGUCACUCAAGAUCAUGGUAUUCGAAUGGCUCCUGUGGAAGGUGAAACCCCGUUGGCUGUGACAACAGAUCCAUACAGUGAUUUUUUGGCAUUUCCGAAAAUAUUUGGUGGACAUUAUCUCUCUGAAAUGGAAGACAACACCCUUUUUUUUUUUUUUGAACUAUGCUACCGGUUCAAAUCUAACACACUCCAGCUGUCCAAUUCGGUGGAACAACUGUCUGAAUUACGGCUUUUGGCUCUAACACAACAUUUACCUUUUCGAUCCAACUAAUCAAAAUGCAAAGCAAUGACGACAAUAUCGAUGUUUGAAGCAAAGACGGCACUGAAUUCGACUAGAUGGUGUGCAGAUUUUAGUUUAAUAAAGUACGAUCAUUGGAUGACGCUGUUAGGGAUAGCUGCAACAUAUUUGGCUCAUCUCAACAAAAGGAACACCAAAACCAGCAAGAACAAAACAAACCUCAACAAGCAUUACAAACAAGAACCAAUAGUAGUUAGUUGUUGCUGUUUUUUUAUUAGUAUUGUUGUUGUUUUCCUCCCUUAAAAAAUAUCUGUAAAUAAAAAGUGUUACGAUUUAGUCUA